AUCUCCUUUUUCUCUUCCCUCACGCAGCUCUUGCUCUUCUUCCCUCAAGCAGCUCUUCCCUCACACAGCCACUCUAACUUUGAGAGAAUCUCGUCUCUCUCGGCUGCUACGUCUCAGAUCUCACCUCUCUUCAACUUUUCCAUCACAAUAUUCAUUUUUCGGCUUCUACAUCUUAGAAAUAUGCAAGCUUUACGGGGGAGCAUCCGGUUGGUCCGGAGACAAAGCAUUGGCAGCUUAAGUAGCAUCGAUUCGAAAUCAAAUAUUUCUCGCUCUGCUGCUGCCAAGUUUCAUGGGAGCUCUAGUGGGUCCGUCUCCAAGUUUUCGUAUCGGCCUGCGGUCUCAUAUACAAGAAUCGGCUCCCAAGCAGAGGCAUCAACAGCAUCUAAUAAUGGUAUACCGUCGGUAUCAGUGGCAUGCAGAAGUUCAAGGCCGGAUUUGUUUCAAUGGGCAGCAGUGAUGCCUCCUUUCAUUCGCAGGUGCUUUUCAAUGGCUGAAAAUAUUGUUGAAUCGGCUUCACAGGAUUCUUCUGCGUGUGUCUCUGAUGUAGCUCCCCGCAUCAAAUUUAAGAGGCUCAAUAAAACUGCCAAGCACAUAAUGCAGAUUCUAGAUAAGGAAGCUGUAGAGGAAGUGAGGGCAGAGAGAAAAAUGCCUAAUAUAAAGCCUGGUUAUAUUGUGCAACUCAAAGUGGAAGUGCCUGAGAACAAGCGACGUGUUUCAAUUCUGAAAGGCAUUGUUAUAGCAAGACGUAAUGCUGGUUUAAAUAGUACAUUUAGAUUAAGGAGGCUGGUAGCUGGGGUUGGAGUUGAAUCGCUCUUCCCACUGUACUCACCUAACAUAAAGGAGAUAAAGGUGCUGGACAAGAAGAAAGUGAGGAGGGCCAAGCUUUACUAUCUCAGGGACAAAAUGAACGCGCUUAAGAAGCAAUAGCGGCUUACAGGUUGGAGAUUUUCUUAGCUCUUUUUGGAAGGAGGCAGUCGACAUUUGUUUCUAUGCCUCGGUAUCUUCCUUCUUUAUCUUUUUAAAUUGAUCCAUUGUAAUCCCCCAUGUAACUGAAGAUAAAACUUUUUAUCCAGCAAAUUGUCAUAAAAAAUUUUUU